AUGGAUGCUGUCGCGCACGUGUGCCGACCUCUGACGCCUGAGGGCCGCCUGGGGGAGUAUGCAGGGCGGGCAGAAUGUUGUAUACCUGGACUACGAUCUUUAGUGUGGCGUCUGCUGGGGCUGAAGUCACAUGGAGAAGUUGAAUUUGAACUUCCGGAGGAAAAAGAUACAAGUGCCAUCAUGGACAACAAGAAAAAUGUUGAAAUAAAAGAAGAGGAAACAAAUGAGGCGCUCAUUGAGCAUAUCUCUUUGUAUCUUGACAGUCCACUGCGAAUUGAAAAGACUAGUGUUCAUGUAAAAGAAGAACCAGAACAGAAAUGGGACAGGGAUUCCUCUGAGCAUAACCUUCUUGAAGAUCCAUUGAUGAUCUCGUGGUCCACUGACUGUAUCAAGGAGGAUCCUGAACUAAUUUUGGGCGUGGAUGGAACUGAGGAUAUUGUAAGCAUUCUUACCACUGAUGUAGAAUAUUUGGAGUGA